AUGAUCAUCACCCCUCGAUUCCACCUGCUCGAGCUCGGCGAUCAGCCAUGGUGUCCCGAAUGGCUGCGCGAAUAUUCGCACAUGGCUCGCAAUCAGAUGUGGAGGACCAGGGCCCCUGGAACCAAAGACUCGCCGGCCGUGCAAGUCUGCGAUCUGCUCCUCCACCAUCUCCCCAACUUGGCCUCCUUCACCUUCAUUGACUCUUGUGCGGGCGGUGGAGGCCCCAUUCCCAUUAUGGAGGCCACCUUGAAUGCCAAACUCAAGCAACGAGGCGAAGGGCCGGUGCAAUUCAUCCUCACCGACCUCUACCCUUCGCUGGAGAAAUGGGCCACCAUGGCAAAACGUAGUGCUCAUAUCUCUUACAUCGACGGGCCGGUGGAUGCCACUCGUGCCCCGCGACUGGCUGCGCCGGGCAAGAAAGAAUGUCGAAUCUUCAACCUGUGCUUCCAUCAUUUCGACGAGCCAGAGGCCGCCACGGUGCUGCGAAGUGCUGCCCGAGAGGCUGAUGCCUUUGUGAUCUUUGAAAUGACCAAUCGCACCCUUUCGGCCUUCCUCAACACCACCUUCAUUGUCUUGUCACCGUUUUUGACGACCUACCUGUGGUUCAGUCACUCGCCUCUCCACCUGUUUUUCACCUACCUCGUUCCAUUGGUUCAGUUGUUUUUUGCCGUAGACGGCUACGUGUCGUGUAUACGCGGACGGACGCCAGAGGAAAUCACGCAGUUGAUCAAGAAACAGUCAGAUCUGGAUCUCACCGGAUGGGAUAUCAAAAGUGGUGAGGAGAUGAUGUUGCCUCCAUUCGGAAAGAUGUAUUGGUAUAUGGGGGUCAAGAAGUAG